AUGAUAACAUGUUUUAAAAGUACAUUAGUACUUAUUUUGAUAUGGUACAUAUCAUCAGUUGGAUUUGCUUUAUUUCUUCAAAAAUAUUUCAAUUCAGUCAGUUCAUACAACAAGAAUAAUCGAGAUGUUUUUUCAAUUAUAUGUAUAGCAGCAUUCAUUCAAAAUUUGUCCUGCUGCUUUGGAACGAUUAUAAUAUAUGUAACAACAAUUUUAUCAAAUCAAAUAAACGAUGAUUCAUCAACAAAUCAACCAUUUGUCACAUAUCUAACUAGCCUAAAAAGUUCGAAGAGAAAUCAAAUAUUUUUUAUUUUUGGUGGAUCAUCACAUUGUAUAGGAAUAAUGAUUAUGAAUUUGAUGUUGUCAUUGUCAAAUAUACCCUGUGUUCAUACAAUACGUGCUCUAGAACCAUUAUUAGCAAGUAUUCUAGUAUAUUUUAUACCUAUGCCGAUUAAAGACGAACAUAAAACUGAAUCCUCAAAAAUUCAUAAGACAGAAAAAUGGAUUGGAACUUUUCUUAUGUUAUUUGGUACUAUAUUGGCUACAUGGAAAAGUGGUCAAUGUAAUUUAUUGAGUAUAACAAUUCUACUUGGAAUAUUGAAUAGUUUUUCAAUGAUUAUUCGAAAUAUUUGUAUUCAACAUUUGACUAUUAAAAGUAAAGAUAUCUAUAUACAAAUUAUUUUAUUUGGAAUAAGUACAUUAUUAUCAUUGAUAUUACUUCUUAUGAGUGAUUUUUCUUAUUUAUUAAUUCAAAAAUAUCGAAUUCUAUUAUUACUAAUUGGUUUAUGUAGUUUUAUCUAUAAUACAACAUCAAUAAUAGUAUGUAGUCAAGUAUCAUUAGUUACACAUAGUUUAAUAACAAUGUUAAAACGACCAAUAUUAAUUUUAGCAUCAACUAUUUAUUUUCGUUCUUAUAUAAGUUUAAUGAUGAUUAUAGGUAAUUUAAUUAUAGUUAUUGGUAUUCUAUUUUACAAAACUAAUUCAAUAUUUGUAUUAUUUAUGGCACGUAUGAAAUUAUAUCUUAUUAUUAUUAUUAUUAUUGUAAGUACUAUUAUCAUAUAUGAUACAAUCGUGAUAGUUCCUUCAUUAUCUUAUUCAAAUCAUAGAAAUUCAUUGCAUAUUAAUAAUAUUAAAGUAACUAAAGAUUUUCCAUUAUUCUAUUAUAAGCCCAGUAGUAUGAAUGAUAAUUUCGGCGAUAAAUUAUCUCAUAUUCUUGUACAAUCAAUUCUUAACUAUAAUCUUACAGUUAUCACAAAUGUUAACGAAAAAUCAUUCUGUGAGAAGCCAAAAUUAUUAGCUAUUGGAAGUAUAAUUCAUAUUGCAUGUCUACAUGAUGUUAUAUGGGGUUCUGGUCUUAUAAGUGCCUCAUCUUUUAUUUCUCAUUGGAAAUCGAUAUCAAAUCUUACAAUUGAUAUAAGAGCUGUACGUGGUCCACGAACAAGAAAUAUUCUUAUGUCAAAGUAUAAUUUAACUGUACCAGAAAUUUAUGGUGAUCCAGCAUUGUUGUUACCUUAUUAUUUAACAUCAUUUAAGAAAUCUACCAAACCAAUAAUUCGAAGACUUCUUAUACUACAUUAUAUAGAUGUUUAUAAAAAGUCUAUCACCUCUGGAAUAAAUCAAAUAGUAACAGUUCAUGCAUUUUUACCAUGGAAUGAAUUGUUGAAUUUAAUUGUUCAAAGUGAAUUAGUUAUAUCAACAUCAUUACAUGGAAUUAUUUUAUCAGAAGCUUUUGGAGUACCUGCUAGAUUAUUGAAAUCACCUCUUCUUGAUUUAUUCAAAUUUCAUGAUUAUUAUGAAGGUACGAAUAGAACUCUUCGAUAUGCAACAACUAUUGCUACAGCUAUUGCAAUGGGAGGAGAAAAUCCACCUAAACUCAACUUGACAAAAUUGAUAAAUGCUUUUCCAUUUGACAAAUUUCAAAACUGA